CCUAAACCCGCGUGAAAAGAUUCAGCCUUUUCUAAUAACUAAGAUAACAGAUAAACCCUAGUUGUUACAGUAACUAAUCAGCAAACAACAAUGUUUUAGACAUUCAAUAGUGAAACAUAAAACAUCUCAUUACAUUACAUAUUCCUCUUUUUCUUCCUCUCCCUCUCCCUCUUCUACCUUCCCACUGGAAAUAGCGAACGAAUGAUAUUUAUUAGUUGCGAGAUUGCAAUAUUCUGAUAUCCGUAGCAAGCGCCACACUACAUACGCUGAUACGCUAAACCAGUGCGAUACCGUUAAAUGAUCUACGGGAUCAAACCUAGAGAUUACCUCGACUGGUCACUUAGACUUUUCACAGUCACAAUUGUCUACCAACUACAUCGCCGCGCCUUACGAAUUCUGCCCUGUAUACCGUCCUCGCGCCCGAAACCUACGUAUUCGCCCUACAUAUUCGCUCGGGUUUAUUCCUGACCACGCAUCGACACAAUGGCAGCAAGGAAAUUACAACAAGAGAUAGAUAAAUGCUUCAAGAAGGUUGCAGAAGGAGUGGCCGAAUUCGAUGCCAUUUACGAGAAGAUAGAGCAGUCGAGUAACACGGCACAGAAGGAGAAGCUGGAAGAUAACCUCAAACGAGAAAUAAAGAAGCUACAGAGAUUACGAGACCAAAUCAAGACAUGGGCUGCCAGCAAUGACAUCAAGGACAAGGCUCCGUUACUGGAGCAUCGGAAAUUGAUAGAGACGCAAAUGGAACGGUUCAAGGCUGUAGAAAAAGCUAUGAAAACUAAGGCAUACUCGAAAGAAGGCCUCUCGGCAGCUGCCAAGUUAGAUCCGAAAGAGCAAGCCAAGGUAGAAGCGGGCGAGUUCCUAAGUAGUAUGGUCGACGAGUUGGAACAGCAGAUCGAGGCGCUCGAAGCUGAGGGAGAGGCGAUACAAGCGACAAUGAAGAAGGGCAAGAGCCACGCUGCCAAGGCAGAUCGCAUGGCAGCUAUCGAGCACAUAAUCGAAAGGCAUAAAUGGCACCAAGGGAAGCUCGAGUUGAUUCGUAGAUCACUCGAUAACGGGGGCGUCGAUACGGAACAAGUGAAUGACUUGGAAGAGAGUAUUCGAUAUUACGUCACAGAUGGUACAACAGAUGAUUAUAUCGAAGAUGAAGGACUUUAUGACGAGUUGAACCUUCAAGAAGAGGAGGACGUUUAUGGUAUGGUCCAGGACAAUGACCGGGUCUCGUCGCAGGAUACGCAAUCUAUACAGGAAGACGUUGCGGAUGUAGAAUCGCGAUCUGGUAGUCUACCCGGAAAGUCACGAAGUGCUGUUGAGGCUGCAGCCGCCGUCGGCCGGCGCCCCUCCGCACAGAUGAAAUCUCCCCUCCCGACUCUAGCGACGUUACAUAACCCCUUAGCAAAUGUCACUAAUGGUAGCACCGCCAAUGUUGGUAUGAAGCCUGCAUCCUUACCAACGCGGCCAGCUGGAGAGGGUCUCAAAUAUGCCUCAGCCGCCGCCGCCGCUGCUGCAAGUGAUAAGAACAACGUUGGUAUCGCGCCACUUCCUCCACCACCUGGAUCGCAACCGGUAUCAGCUACACCGGGUAUAUCGCCUUUACCUCCUGCCGCGCCGUCGAGGACUAGCGCUGCAAAUUCACCAAAUGUAGCUUUCUUACAACCAGCUUCAUCGGAACAAAAACCAGGGAGCUUGUCUAUUCCGGCAAGUGUGCCUGAACCUAAGGUCUCCGAGCCAACAACUAUCCCGGCCGCCGCUCCGAAGAAGCCAGAGAAGGCAUCUUCGAAGGCCGCAGGCAAAGCACCCGUCACGACGGAUCAUGCUGAGUCGUCGAGAGCGACUCAAUCCAAUGGCGUUGCUAAUGGUAUUAAGCCUAUCGAGGAGAAGGAAGAAGAGUCUAUAUACCACCUCCCUGCUUCCUUACAAGAUUUAGUAGAAUCUUUCGAAGUGACGAAGAAGCGUUCACUGCCAGUGAAUAGCCCGUCGCAUCUGCGCAUGAUGGCGGCCUCUCAGGCGAACCUGAAUGCGAUCGAUGCAUUCGACUCGGAGCCAACGCGGAUAUAUAGACCUGAUACCCGAUAUCCUUCAGCAUCGGGGUACCCGCAGGAACCGCUUCCGAUAUUCGAAGAUCCCCGAUUAUACUCGCGGAUAGAACCCGAUACGCUCUUCUACGUAUUCUAUUACAAACAAGGCACUUAUCAACAGUAUCUGGCGGCGAAGGCGCUUAAGGAUCAAAGUUGGAGGUUUCAUAAGCAGUAUCAAACUUGGUUUCAACGACAUGAGGAGCCUAAGAGCAUAACCGAGGAGUUCGAGCAAGGUACCUAUCGGUUCUUUGACUAUGAGUCUACGUGGAUGAACCGUAGAAAGGCUGAUUUUAAGUUCGCCUACCGUUUCCUCGAAGAUGACGUAUGAAUUAGGUAUCUUAGUUCCCGCUGCCUAUCCUACGCGUAGUGAAUUAGGAGGUAGUCAACCGGGAGAGCCUUUACCUUGCAAGGCUUAUUAUAUGGAAUAUACCCCCGGUGUUAGUUGAGACAGACCCGUGGCAAACAGUCUGCCUUUGUCGUAAUAUUUGUAAGGCAAUACAUAUAAGAACAGCCUGGUUCUUUUCCAAUGGUUUCAC